AUGACGAGCCCAUCCCAAGGAGAGUGUUUAAACUCUAGAUACAAGUAUAAAUCAACCGUUGCUGUUCCAUUUCCAGCGAAUUCAAAACAAGCAGUGGGAAUAGUUGAUGGGCUCGAUACUGAGGUCACCUCCAUCCUGUUUACAGAUAAAAUAUUGGUCACUAUCUCCCAAGGCGGAUGCCUCUCACAAUGGGUCCAAGUCUCACUCAAUUCCGUUUCCCCGAAUCGUUUUGAGUCUGGCAGUUUCUUAGAUUCCCAAGACCAAUUACCACUAAAUCAUCUCUCGCCAAAAACAAUUCUUGGCGGUGGCGGCGAGCAGCGAGAAACGGUUGGACACCAGUAUGCUAUUCAGGUCGCAAAUCGAAUCGUGCUCCGGGAUCCAGGAGAGACUAGACCGUUACUUAUUGGGCUAGGUUUGGAGAAGAUAGGAUUAGAGCGCGAAGAUUUCUUCGACAUGAUGGAGCUUAUACAACAAGUAAUCUAA